GCUGCGCGGGGGGCGCACUCUCUUCGACCACCAUCAUGACCUCCAACCCUCGUCCUUCGCUCUACCUCGCACCGUCUGUGAACACUACGACAGUGGUCACGACGACGACGACGACUACUACAUACGCGCCCAUCCAGCUCCCUCCAAUACCUCCACCGUCUUCGCCCAAGGACCCGAAGCUAUACCCGUUGCUCAAUGCGACUCUACCAAGAUCAUUGCGAGAGUUUCCCUUGGUCUUCCCUGGAGGUUCGCGUGCCACUUUCCACGACGGCGAACUCGGUGAACAAGAGAUGCAGGAGGAGGAAUCGGUGGUGGAGGGUCAGGGUUGGAAGAUGAUCAAACGCGACGAGAGCGAGCCGAGGAAAGAGGUUGGUCUUGCGGAGGCCAUCGAACGCUACGGCCGCAAGAGGUCGUACAGUAACGAGAACAUGAUGGAGGGUAUCGAGGCCAUCCCGGGUCUGGUCACGAAUACACCACCGCGAAAGAAGGCGAAGAGUCAUCCACCGCCCAUCAACACGAUAAAUAACGCCGCGCCGCCUUCCCCCCUCCCUUCCCCACACGGAUCCCCACCACCCGAGAGCAUCUGGCCUUCGGCACCCCCCAGCGGCCAUUCCUCACCCCAGCCCCAAGCACAAGCACCUGUACAACCCGACCUAUCUCUCACGACACUACUCGCUCUCCCGUCGCUGCUUUCGCACUUCUCAAGUCUACCGCCAUCACUUCAAUCUCACGUGCUACUUACGUUCCUGCGUCACUCUCCGCUGUCUGUACUGCGCACUCUCCACUCCGUUCUUACUCCCACACUCGCAAGAGACUUCCUCACCCUCCUACCACCUGAGCUUGUGUCCUUGAUCCUGAGCUUCCUGCCCUUCCCCGACCUCGCUCGUGCAUCCCGGGUCUCCAAAUCGUGGCGGGCAAUCAUCGAUUCUGAUCCUGUCCUUUGGCGAGACCUUCUGAAGGGUACUAGGAUUUGGUUUGGGCACGACUCCGAAACAGCAUUCUCAGACGCAAUCAUGGCGCGGCGGAGGCGACAAGGUAUUCCCGCAUCCAAUUCACUUCCACUCCCUCAUCCGUAUAAGAUCCUGUUCAAAUCGCGACACCUCACACGCUCGCGAUGGGUCACCAACCAGGAACCGAAGCGACUGACGUUCCCUGCACACGGACGGUCAGUUGUGACCUGCCUCAUCUUCUCACAUGGUCGCAUCAUAUCUGCUUCGGACGACCACUCGAUCCACGUCUACUCCCCUGUGACCGGUACGCUCAUUCGCUCUUUGGAUGGCCACGACGGCGGCGUGUGGGCGCUCGCGGCAACCAAGAACACUCUUGUCAGCGGCUCCACGGACCGGACGGUCCGGAUAUGGGACCUCGAGACGGGACGCUGCACGCAUGUAUUCGGCGGGCACACCAGCACUGUCCGGUGUCUAGCGAUCGUGAAACCGGAGAUGAUAGACUACGAGAACGAGCAUGGCAUAAUGGUCAGAGAGAAAUGGCCAAAACGACCGCUCAUUGUCACCGGCAGCCGAGACCACUCGUUGCGUGUGUGGACGUUGCCACGACCCGGAGAUGAAGAGUACAGGUGUUAUGGCGCGGAUGAUACCGAGGUUGACCCUUCAGAGGAGGACGUCGACGAUAACCCGUAUCAUAAGCUUCACCUCGAAGGCCACGACCACGCGGUUCGCGCGCUUGCCGCCCGAGGACGCACACUCGUAUCAGGGAGCUAUGACUGCACCGUUCGGAUCUGGGACAUCAUCACUGGAGACUGCAAGUGGGUUUUGGUUGGACACACGCAGAAAGUGUACAGUGUUGUCCUUGACAUCAACCGUAAUCUCGCUUGCUCGGGUUCUAUGGAUGGCACCGUCCGUGUUUGGAACCUCAGUACCGGGCAGUGUCAGCACAUCUUGGCCGGGCACACCUCCCUUGUCGGCCUACUCGGCCUUUCGCCGUCCUACCUCGUCUCUGCCGCUGCGGAUUCAACACUCCGAGUCUGGGAUCCCGACAGCGGCGAGCUUCGGCACACGCUAGCCGCGCACAGCGGUGCGAUCACAUGCUUCCAGCACGACGAGUUCAAGGUCUUGAGUGGCUCCGACGGGACGCUUAAGAUGUGGGACAUCCGGGACGGCACGCAAGUGCGGGACCUCCUCACUGGUAUCGUCGGCGUUUGGCAGGUCGUCUUCGAGGGCCGAUGGUGUGUCGCAGCAAGCAAUCGUAUGGACUCUACCGUUCUAGAUGUAUGGGACUUCGGCAACGACGAGGACGAGGACUGGGAGGGAGAGCCCCCUGGCGGCCUGUACGACGAGGAAUCAGAUUAUGACGAGGAGGAAGAGGAGGAUCUUGACCGAACACAGGCGGAGGUGGACGCGAUGGAUCAGGAUCUCGACGGAGUGCUCUCGGACGCUGAGUUCGCAGACGCCGACCAGGACCAGGAACUAGGGACGACCGAUGAUGACGAUCACGAGGGGCGACCCGCCGCCUGGCGAGGACUCUCCCUGUCCACCGACGCCGAUGACAGCACGAAGGGGUCCACUAGCCGGGAGACGUCCGCGAGUCAUUACCGUAGCCGCUCAUCCGCCCGGACAAGAUCGCAGCGCGAGGCACCGUCGUCCGCAGGCCCCUCGGAGCCGCAGCUGCGCAUGCUGCCGACGCUGGAGGAGACCCCCACACGGCCGCGCACGCGGAACGCAGGCCACCGCAGGCGGUGGCAGCCGUAGACUAGGCUUUGCUAUCGCCGUCGCAGACACUGUAUUACCCCUGGGAUAUCUGUACUUAUACACCGUUACGUCGUCAUCACUCCCUUUCCUCAGCUCUCCUCGCGCGCUCAUCCUCAUGUCUUCUGGUUCGUCGACUGCAUAAGUAUCUGUUCGGGAUUUCGGUACAGCGGACUCAUGUCUUGUAGAAGC